CCCGUUGCAUAAAAGGCAAAUGUAUCUCAGUAUCUAUAUUUUGGCCUUAAAAAACAUGUAUCUCAGAAUUUGUAUUCCCAAAUACUUUUUGGAGUAUCUCUGUCCAGGCCUGGUAAAAACAUGUUAGCACUAAUUGCGAGCAGUGUGAUUAUUUUGUGUAAAGCAAGGUUGAUUUUGCUCCUUCCAAAGCAAAGAUGAGUGCAAACAAUCUUCCAGUGACAAGCGGCCGCCUGUGCCAAGUGCUCCUAUGACAAGAUGACCUCGAUCGAGAAGGCCGUUGUGACCAGCUGUAACAAGUUUUCCGGUGACGAGUUGGAUUCUGAUGAGUGGCCUGGUUCCAGGGGAAGACAAAUAAGCAACUCAGGCUCCCUUCCUGGGAGCCAAUCUAGGAUGUCUAGUCCGAGCCAUGUUUGGUCCUAGUCAUCUCAAGUCCCUCCUUCGUGAUCGUCCAUGCCUACUUUCAAACCUGAUCGCAGCCAGCAAUUCUAAUGGAACCGAUCCAGUUCUUAAGUCUUGGAGAGGGAGCUGCACUUUUGGGAGAGACCAGCUGCCCAUUGAAAGCCACUGAGGACAUCUGGUUCGGGUGCUGUUCCUGUACCUAUGUCACCAGAGAUCAGCGUGGGAUUGUGAACCACCUGGUCGCCCAUGGUGAUGAACAGUUCAAGUACCAGCAUCCUCCCAUGUCACCUGCCUCUAGAUCCCAAGCGUCCAGCAACACUGAAAAGCAGAAAAGUGAUAGGUUGUUCAAGUGCACGCUAUGCGCCCAAGCCUUUUCUAGGAGUUCUGGUCUGAUCGUCCAUAAUCGAAGACAUUCAGGUGAAAAGCCAUUUAAGUGCAAGCUGUGCCCCAAAGCCUAUUAUCAGGGUUCCUGUCUGAUCCGCCAUAAUCGAACACACUCAGGUGAAAAGCCAUUUAAGUGCAUGCUGUGCUUUCGAGCCUUUACUCAAAGUUCCAGUCUUAUCUGCCAUAAUCAAACACACUCAAGUGAAAAGCCAUUUAAGUGCAAGCUGUGUCCCCAAGCCUUUUCUCACAAUUCCAGUCUGAUCCGCCAUAAUCGAAUACACUCGGGUGAAAAGCCAUUUAAGUGCAAGCUGUGCCCCCAAGCCUUUUCUGAGAGUUCUGGUCUGAUCCGCCAUAAUCGAACACACACAGGUGAAAAGCCAUUUAAGUGCAAGCUGUGCCCCGAAGCUUUUUCUGAGGGUUCUGGUCUGAUCCUCCAUAAUCGAACACAUUCAGGUGAAAAGCCAUUUAAGUGCAAGCUGUGCCCCAAAGCCUUUUCUAAGAAUUCCAAUCUGAUCCGCCAUAAUCGAGACCACUCAGGUGAAAAGCCAUUUAAGUGCACGCUAUGCUCCCAAGUCUUUUCUCGGAAUUCCAGUCUGAUCCGCCAUAAUCGAACACACACAGGUGAAAAGACAUUUAAGUGCAAGCUGUGCCCCGAAGCCUUUUUUGAGAGUUCUGGUCUGAUUGUCCAUAAUCGAAAACAUUCAGGUGAAAAGCCAUAUAAGUGCAAGCUGUGCCCCAAAGCCUUUUCUCAGAGUUCCAAUCUGAUCCGCCAUAAUCGAGACCACUCAGGUGAAAAGCCAUUUAAGUGCAAGCUAUGCCCCCAAGCCUUUUCUCGGAAUUUCAGUCUGAUCCAACAUAAUCGAACACACUAGAGCACUGCA